UAGAUUUAUGUCCCGCGCAACUCUGAAAUAUCAUGUGAGUAUUUUGAAGAGCAAAUCUCUCGUGAAUCUUUGACGAAAAGCGCUCCGUGAAUUUAAAAUUAAGCCGGGCCUGCUCUGGAGAGAAAUUAAGUCUCUUUCCUGAACGUGCUCGUCAAGUAUGAAAACCCGUAUAAAUUCCGUAAAAUAUGUUAACGUCGUCCCGUUGUUCGCGCGUACCCGCCACUCCAUCGCACCACUUCCCCGGGACGUGAGAAAUAGUUUCGAUAAAAUUCUGAAACGAAAUCCCGAGACGAAAUCCCGGCCGGGCGUGCUCGGGUGAAAUUUUUUCGCGAACAGAACUUGGUCGCGAGAUUGGAACAUAUACACAUCUAUACACAUUUGUGUAAUAUUAUAAAAUAAUACCCUCGGAACCGAUACCCCACAGUGUCAUUUCCAUUCAUCAGCUCACGUAUUUCGUGCGGAGCAUUCUUGCCGCUGCCGGAGAGAGACACGGGGAUAGGUAGUUUUCAGCAGUCGUGACUACAGAAACUGCGUGAGACACGAACCGGUCCGAUCUUUUCGUGGUUCUUGUCAACGUUUGCUCACUCACGUGGCUCUUAAUCCCUAAGAACGGUCGCACCGCCGACCUGUCCGUGUAAUCUCUUUUUCGCUUUCUCAAUGGAGCGCCUAUUAUGUUCUCGUCGACGAGUGCGUAUGAGUAUAGUUUUUUGUGUAUUCUGGAAGAAGACAGAACUACCGAUAAAUCGCAUGCUACAGUUGAAUACUACUUAUGCAAUCGUGUCAAUCUUCUUCUAGCUAGAAGAGUCCUAAAGCGAUAUCCCGAUUGGUUCUUUAGCUCAGGUUUACGUCUUACGUCUACAGUUACGGCAGUCCAUGUGCCCUGAGGACUGCAUUUCGAGGAUCCCGUUCUUCGGCGUGCGAACGUAGGGACUGACAGUCGCACGCGCUGAUGUCGUUUUACGGCUGGCGAAUGCGCCCGGGUAAUCUCGUCGCGCUGGAAUACAUUUAAUUGUGUAUUAAAGUGCCAAACGGUCUAGACGGGACAUUUUAGCGUCGCGACUUUAUCGCGCGGGUCCUCGUGUAAUGAGGAUCUUUCCCUCUCUCGUUCCAGUCUCACUCGGUCGCCUGCUCGCUGCUAUCAUAUUGUUUAAGCAUGCUGCGAGCGAGAUCGACUCGUCAGGCCGGUUAAUUUGCCCGCGCGGAUCAUAAUCUCGUCGAACGUUAUAAAGUUGAAGAGCGUAUCCGAAUAACAGUCCAUUAGCGGGGCGCGGAAUUUUUGUUGCCCCAACAAUUUUUUAUUCUCACCUCUCGCUUGUUUUCCUCCUUCGUUUCGAUUCUGGAGAGCUACUGUGUCUUCUGUGUCCUUUAUUUCGAGCCUUCAAAGCUUUAUUAUAAAGAGUGAAAGCGCGCUAUAAAAGUCCCGCGGUUGCCAACGGGUUAUUAUUGUCGGCCGAAAUUUAUGAACAGCGGUCGAUCUCGGGCGAGAGUUCCUCGGGAUAUGAACGGUUUCGGCGACUUUCGGUCGCCGGUUAGGAGAGCGUUCAAUUUAAACGGGUAAUAAUGUUCACGCGGUGGCGACGCGACAUCGUAGUCGUCGCCGGAGUGUGCCGUCCCUGUCUCCUUCUCUCUCGCUAAGCGAACCAGAAAUAGUCGCUGUUUUGUCUCCCGAUCGGAGAGCAACCGUCUCUCUCCUCUCCUCCCCUCUCGUCCUCGUCUAUUUCCGACUGUCUCUCUCUUUCUCUGUCUCCUCCAGCCUCCUGCCGCCGUCUUUCCGACUCGUAGGAGUGCACGAAAUAAAACGUCCCCGCGAAUGCAGAUACGCGAGGAUAAACCACCUCGGGGAGGAUCGAGCGAGCUCGUAGAAGUGGCUCUCUCACGUCGCGAUUCUCACGUGCGCUCGCUUUCAUCUCGCCGAGAUGAAAAGCCGGCUGAUUGAUGGAAUCGCGAUUCCACCGGCGAACGCGACGCGAGUCACCUCCUGCUCACUUUUCGCCGACGACGGACGAUUUCCAGGUCGUCGCGACAGCGCUUGUAUCGAAGUAUCGAAUAAAUCAUUAUCGGCGUGACGAAAAGUGCGCAAAUUUUGGGCGUGAGAUCGAACAGAUUGAUGACAAUAAGUGAUUGAAGAACAAAAAAAGAUCAACAUCAUUCAGCAUUAUUCUCGCGGAUUAGCGCCUCUCCCAGCGAUUAUAUCACACGAUCGCGUGUCGGUUACAAAAUACCCAUUCAUCGCGCGUCUCUCGAUUUAUCCGAGCGACGAUCUCGACGGAGAGGCGUCCUGAUCGGCGUGCCGCUCAUAGAGACACGGAGAAUUACCGGAUAAAAUAUUUCCACAGAGUGAUUGUUUCACGGAGGAGCGCGUACCGAGCCCGAUCAUCGCGACCGUUCCGCACUAGGUGGAUAGAGAGAAAAAGAAAGAGAAAGAGAGAGAGACUUAUCGGGCGUGUUUAGAGAAUGCAUGAAAUACCAUUGGAAGUUAUUACGGUCGUUGUCGUGAAAUAUCACCGCCGCGGCACGCAAUAAGAAAUCCGCGAUACGGUAGCGGCGACGUGAAUAGCCCCAAGUGCAAGAAUCCUUUCUCUCGCGCGCGGCCGCCUGCACCUGAUUGCAUAAACGCCGUAACCGGCGAGUGUGUAAGUGUGUGCAUGUUACCGGCCACUGUCGCGCAACGUCCUGAAAUGCACUGACCUUCUAUUGUUCCCCGGACAAAUCGCUGUUCGCGGUGCUUACAGUGGCCGUACCUCUCCUGCACCGAUUCGCGUCGACCAGGAGGCGAGGGAAGAGCUUGUCUCGAAGAACCGUCGCGAAUCUCGUCGCGAGAAAGGGAGAGACAGACAGAGAGAUAGAGAAAGAGAGGGAGAAAGAAAGCAGCGAUUACAUCGCUGCAUCUUGACCUUUUUCUCCCGGCCCUUGCAAAUGUCAUUAAACCGGAGAUCGUGACGAUCCGCGGGCAAUAGACCCCGAGGCGGACGAUACUCUUUAAAUCGAUCGAGAUCGAAAGCGGAGGAGGCGUCGCUUUCACACGGAAGGAAACGCUUGAAAGAACGGGUCGACGGAUGAAAGUAUCGCGGAAGGAUAAGAGGGAAUUAAAAAACCGUGCGGUUACGAGAAAAUUAGUUCAAAGUUCCGCGCUCUUCGCAUAGAGUGCUACAUCGAGAGGAAGAUAAAGAGAGAAUAUUUAUUCGUUGGGCACUGACAGCUUAUUCAUUCGAAUCUAAACUCUUUCGCUUGAACGGAAUAAACAAUUGUCUUUGUGAAAAGUUAAGGUUUUAAAGAAACGUACACAGGGAAAAACGAUAUGGUUUGCCACACGAAAGUCUGGCUCUGCCAAUCAGAUUCGAUAUCAGAAUCCGGUUGGCAGAACCAGAUUUACGUGUAUAUUUUAUAUUGUAUAAAUAAUGUGUCGUAUUUUGUACCCCAUCGAGUAAAUAUUUAGUAUUUUGUCUCUUGGAUAUUUUUUAUUUCUCAGUGUGUGAGAUAUUCGGAUGAUACUGAUUUUUUUUACGCAGCUGGUCGAUAGCGUGGACCUGUGGUAGCUAUUUAACCAAGUGUCCAAAAGUUUUAAUUACACCGAGAGAAUAUUGUAACAAAAAUUACAGUACAAUUUUAGUACUCCGAGAAUAGAUUAGCAGUAUGAUGAAAAUUAUAAUGAGACAUAGUAAAGGUGACCAUCAAUAUAAUGAAAAUUACCAUAAAUGUAAUAAAAAUUAUCAUGUUUAUGAUCUCACGUUUAUUAUAUUUUAUUACUACUACUAAAAUUGUAUCGCAAUUUUUACUACAAUAUUCUCUCCGUGCACUUUUACACAAUGUUCCGUGCAAUUUGGUACAAGGAAAAGGAACAACGAUCUCUUCUGUCCUUCAAAACCGCGUUACUCGUUAAACUGUAUUUUUAACGGAGACACAUGGUUCAUUUACUAAUGACACCAUUUUGGGGACAGUUUUAAGCUUUGUUUCAUGGUCGUUUUCAUGUGAAGGAUUGCAUCAGCGCGCGCGCGCGCGCGAAAAUGCGCGUAGAUAAUGGGCUGCGCGAAAUUAGCAUAAAGCCACGUACGUCGGUGGUGCAACGAGAUACCGCGGCCGGCAAUGAGGGAAAGAGGCGGCCGAUUACAAAGUAAGACACUUGCAGAUUGCAGUUAGCGUUACCGCGGUUAAGCGCAUUAUACGCCUGCAGCGGCUCGUAACGCGCUUUCUCUCUUCCUGGUGUUCUCCCACACGCUUCCCUCAAGUCCGUCCGUCCGUCCGUGCGCGUUCGUUCGACGUUGCCUCGCUCGUGCUUUUACGAAUCCCCGGAGAUAGGUACCCGGAGAAAAACGGACACUAGCGAUGCGAAAGGCACGGUACCUCGUGUUUAUCUUGUUAUUCCUGAGAGAGAGGCGUCAGUUUGCGUUCUCGACUUUUGUCGUCGUCGUCCUACGGCUAAUGAGAAACCAUUAAACGACUACGUCGUACGUCAUGAUUAUUUUUCCAAAAUUUGCUUCGUCACGCCUGACUCAUCGGGCAUGACGCCGGCAGGUUUAUCAUGCCACCUUAUCCGUAAAAGUCAAUUUUAACGUUGAAUUUGAUGUUCACUUAGGUCGGCUCGUUCAUCAUGUUCGGUUCGGGGUGUCUCUCAGGUAGUCUCCGAAGUUAAAAGUACAGUUAUCUCGUUGCGGGAAGAUUUCGGAGUAAAUGUCCCUUGACCGUCGCUGUCCCUUCGCCGUACGACGUUUUUGUAAAAAGAUAGCGAGGUAUCAUAACCUUUAUCAGAAAAAAAGAAGAAAAGAACAGCCUUUAUCGAAAAAAAAGAAGACCUGACCUUAUCUUAUCUGACCUUAUCUUACCUGACCGUAUCUGCUAUCGUGGGCAGGAAGACCACCACAUUCCGUGAUCAUUGUUCGUCGUGCAUUUCACGAAUGCGCUCGCUCGCUCGUUUCGCUCCGAUCUGUCACGUAAGAAACACCGUAUCUCACGCCAUUUUUACGGGAAAACCGAGCUCGGACGAAUGCGUAUCUCGUGCGGCUUGCGUGAAACAAUGUGAUACAAAUGCGUGGCGACGAUUCGUCGCCAAACCGUAUCCCGGCCGGCUACUGUUUUGUCGUGGUCGUCUUAACCUGUCUCAGCUGGAAAUCGGUCAACGUCCAUAUCUUCCUCUCUAUCUCUCUCCCUUUUCUUCUCUUCGUCGAGGCGGCGUCGUCUAUUGUGCCGAAGCGUGCUCACGCGCGUUUCUUUCAAUCAGAACCGCAAUUUUACGGUCACGUAAAUCUCAUAUUAAGAUGCGUCACCUGCGCGUCAUUGUGAGAUCAUUAUAUUAGCAGUAUGGGACGUGUCCCGUCAUAAUCCGAUUACGAGGCGGCCGGCGACUGCAUGUGUUUUGACCCCUUGCCGGAUGUGAAAUGGUCGCUUCCGGCUCAUUUGCGCUGUAAUCGCGGCCUUUGUUUUCGACAGGUACCGAACUCGAAACUGACGCGACGGCCUUGCCAGGGGAGGCCGAAAGCUUAUCGACCUGUGACGUCCGUCGAGUAUUGACAACCGUUGUUGUUGUAAUCGCAGAGAGCCGAGCACAACGUCGCGUUAUUUAUUUUUUUAUUUUUUUUUUUCGUUCUUUUUCAAGUCACGUAAAUUCGGUAUCGUUUAGUGUCAAACGCACGCGCGCGGUUCUUGCCCGAGAGAGUAAUAUUUCGCGCGUUUUAGUCAAAUUUAUAUUUCAACGAUCGCGCGUGCGAGUGAAAACACAUCGCCCUCUCCCGCGAUGUGCUUUGUCCCGAAAAAUGAAUUCGCCGUCUUUCAACCUCGUGGCGAAUCUGAAAAUCCCGUCCAGCCCGUUGUUUUUCACCCAACGUUUUUCCGACAAUCGAGGCCGUGAUACGUGCCUCGCUCGGCGCGACAAAGUGACGAUUGAGGAUCUCUCCCUCGGUCCUGCGAGGAUCCCGAUGAAAGGGGGAGAGAGGAGGAUGCGAAUUAGAGGGAGGGAGAUAAGGACGGGGAACAGGUAGAAAAGUGCUGACUGCCUGCAGUGAUGGAGGAGAAGCCGGAGGAGGACGAGGGACGGCGGAGGGCGAAGGGAGACGGGGACGAAAGAGUGGCUGAAAAGACACCGGCGCUGAGAGCGGAGAGGCACAGAGAGCGAGCCGGGGCUUUAUAGUCGAGGCGAACCGGUUUUCCGUAUCUCCGAUGACUCAUCCUUCGCGACGACGCAGCGUCAAGUGCAUUUCCUGGCCUGGCCUGGCGCAUCCCAACCUAAACUCUCUCUUCCCCUCCCUCUCGCGCGCCACCAAGCGUCUGUCACUCUUCGCCGUGCUCGUGUUCCUUCUCCUCGCUCCAACCUCGUCGGCCUCCCCUCUCCUCUCCUCUCUUCUUCCCGGUCUCGCUCAUUUUCUCCGCUCUCUUCUCCGGCGGCGACCGACGAGGAGCAGCGCGCGUCUCAGUGGUGCUCAUGACGGAGAGAAACAUCGUAAAGUCGGGAUACACGCUCGAUGUCGCGGCAGUGCGGUGGCUGCAGCCGACACCAUUUCCGCGCCGUGGACCCCCGCGAGUUCCGGGCCGCCGCCCGACGCCAACGGCUCCGGCUCGGAUACGAAGAACCUCGACGUUGGCGAAAUUAGCGAUGACGAGAAGGACCUGUCGGCAGCGGACGCGGAGGGUGUGUGGUCGCCGGAUAUCGAACAGAGCUUCCAGGAAGCUCUUACCAUAUAUCCGCCAUGUGGUCGUCGCAAAAUCAUUCUUUCCGACGAAGGGAAGAUGUACGGUCGCAACGAGCUAAUCGCCCGCUAUAUCAAAUUGAGGACCGGUAAGACGAGAACGCGAAAGCAGGUGUCCUCGCACAUACAGGUCCUCGCGAGAAGAAAACUCCGGGAAAUACAGGCGAAACUCAAAGUGGAUCAUGCAACCAAGGAGAAGACGCUCCAGACAAUGUCGAACAUGUCGAGCGCCCAGAUAGUAUCAGCUGGAAGUUCGAUACACAACAAGAUGACCCCCGCCCUCGUGGGGCACCUUGCCCUUCACGCUUCCACCCCUGUCUCCUAUCCCGGAGCGCAAUUCUGGCAGCCAGGACUGCAGCCGGGAACGUCUCAGGAUGUCAAGCCGUUCCCCCAGCCCGCCUACACCGGGAAACCGGCAACGGCGGUCUCGAGUGGCGACAUGGUCCAGCCGGCGCCGCCGCCGCCGUGGGAAGGACGCGCCAUCGCCUCCCACAAGCUCAGGCUCGUCGAGUUCACGGCCUACAUGGAGCAGCACAGAAAUCAGGAGAUGUACCACAGGCACUUAUUCGUCCAGAUAGGGGGUCCUGCAGUUUACGGAGAUCCGUUGGAAGCAGUCGACAUUAGGCAGAUAUACGACAAAUUCCCGGAGAAGAAGGGCGGUCUGAAAGAACUGUACGAUAAGGGACCUCAGGCGGCUUUCUUCCUCGUUAAGUUUUGGGCUGAUCUCAAUACCAACAUCCAAGACGAAGCUGCUGCAUUCUACGGUGUCACGAGCCAGUACGAGAGCAACGAACACAUAAAGAUGAUAACGUGUUCGACGAAAGUGUGCUCCUUCGGCAAGCAGGUGGUGGAGAAGGUGGAAACGGAAUACGCCAGGUUUGAGAACGGCAGGUUCGUCUACCGCAUCAGAGAGUCGCCCAUGUGCGAAUAUAUGAUCAACUUUAUUCACAAACUGAAGCACCUGCCGGAAAAGUACAUGAUGAACAGCGUUCUCGAGAAUUUCACCAUCCUCCAGGUUGUCACGGAUAAGGAUACGCACGAGACAUUACUGUGCACGGCGUAUGUGUUCGAAGUAUCGACGUCCGAACACGGUGCUCAGCAUCACAUAUACAGAUUGGUCAAAGACUAGCCUGCUUGAACUUGCUCGCCAUGCAGCCAUCCACCCCCAUCAGUGCCUACCAUCACAUAAAGAUCAUCCAUACGCGUAUACACUGUACGAACACAUACACAGAACAUACGGAACACACAUGUACAACUACAUACAAGCAAACACACGUACACACAUGAAACGCGACACGACGCAUCGAUACGUGGGUGUAAAAGACACACACUCACGGGAAGAUAUUCUCGCGUCCAGACAAGUUUCUACGGAAGAUAUUCGGUCGAUGAGAGAAGAUAAAAAUAACUAGGAUAAUAUAAUAAUAAAUAGGAGAAUUGUCCAUUAUAAACCCUUGAUCCAGCGAAAACAAUUCACUUGAGUUUUCACUUGAGAGUUUUAGAAAGAAUUCCCACUGUACAGUAUAAAGAUCGCAAACGCAUUUCUUGAAAUGCGUCUCUACAUUUUUAUCCCUCGAGAAUUCUUGCGCGUUUCUAUAAAAACGUGGAAGAUGUACCCUAAGACACGCGAAUAUUUUCCGUGGAACGCCUGGAGAAGAACUCGAAAAACACAUGCGUACACCGUACGUGCACGUACGACAGAGUACUGGCCAGCCCGAGCUUGAGUUUGAUUCGAAGUUUAUAUACCUUUUAAUAACUUAUUGGUCUAAGAGUUUGGAUGCGUGUUGCAGGAUGGCAUCUUUGUACGCACAUCUCGCGCGAUGUCUUCGAGGGCCGUGUUCUCACAGACAUCCUUUAAAACUUGUUCUAUCGAAAAAAAUUUUCGGAGGACUACUAAGGUGGACCUGAUAUGCGAGCCUGAGAUAUGUCGCGCGCGUGUGUGCGCGCGCGCAGAAUUGUAAAUUUUAUAAUACAAAUAGAUAUAAACGUAUAGAUAUUUUAUGACCGUGAAUCGUCAACCAUCUUAAUCGGCGUGUCCGAUUCGUCUCGGGAUUUUAAAUGUAAUAAAGGGAAUAAAAUAAAUUAAGUUAAAAUCGACAAUAAAUUUUGGUGUGAAAGUGCUUAUUAAAGAGAAUAAGCAUGUACCAGAAGCAAAGAGAAAAACAAGAAGAACAAAACACAGAAACAGACUCUGACCUCGGAAAGGCAUGGUACCAACAUGAUCUAGUAUUAUAGUUUUAUUAUUAAAUUAGGCGAUAGAGAAACCCCCAACAAAACACACUGAUACACAAAUAUACAUAUAUUACGUAUAUAAGAAUAUAUAUGUUAAAUAUUAAUGCAAUGAUUACGAUUUACAUUGUUAUAAAUGAUCGUGUAUAAAGUUAUCUAAGUGAUUUCUCUAAGUUUUAAAGAAAAAUGUGGAAGUUUUACUCGAGAGAUAUGCCAUUACGAAGAAGUUUUAAGUAUCCUAAAUUUACGUUUGUAUCGUUCGUAUAAUAUUUUUUUUUACUAAUUAGAUACCGAGAGGAACGAACAACACACCCAUACACACACGCGCACUACACGUACGUUUCCUUUUGAAGCUUCGUCGCAGAAACGCUUCUCUUAUCUAUAUUGUAUCGUGCAAGAAUUUUUAUCAUUAUAAGAACACUCUCGCUGCGGCGUUCUUCAUCGUGCGACACGGAAUAACGGACGAUGAUCACUUUUAUACGUUUUUAAAAAUCUUUUAAAGCGCACCUAAUGUGCAAACCCACCCACUCUUAGGCAGCGACACUUAGGUUUAGAGGGAUGUGUUUGUAUUUCUUAUAAUCGUCUUACGUUGUAUUCUAAGAUCAUUUUCUAUAGUUUUUAAACACAAAGGAUUUCUUUUUCGUACAUAUAUUUUGUUUGUUUUUAUCUUUCUACCACACUUACAAAGCAAUGUAUCGGAUCACGUGAAUUUACGGAUAGAAGCAUAGGCCACCGUUACACAUGCACACACACACAACACACUCAUGGCAUCCACAAAUAUGCACACAUAGACCUGACAUAGCUAUGUGAUAGAGACUUAUGAUUAGAGUUUUCUCCGAAAACCCGACCUUGGCAUUUUUUGCCGGGGGGAAUGUAUAGAAACCUGUCUCACUCAAACGUAACGCGAGAUGUAUGGCAACUUCUCGUAAUGUCACACACACACACACACACACAGAUAGCUCGUAUUCUCAAGUUACACAUACGUCGUUCGCGAUCGUCUGAUUUCAACACUGCUCCGCAAACCUGUCUAUAAGCUACAAUAAAGUAUUUUUCAAAGCGUUGAUAACGCUAGGCGGGAUAAAGUCCCGUGUUGCAAAAACAUUUCGUACUUAAUAAUAUAUUUUACGCGCUUGACAAACAUACACCUAACAGAUGCAUACGUACACACAUACACAUGCACGCACGCACGCACGCACAUGGACCAUGGAACUUACAUACAGAGAUUUUUCAUGAACUCAGUGGCAAUUGUUUAAACAAGUAGAGGACCACACCCUGCAGUUUUGAUUUUAUUUAAUCGCAUCUCUCAUAUAGAUUAUUACGCGUAAAUGCACAGCAACUCUUUUUACUUAUUCUUUUAUCCAAUCUGUUGUGUGUUCCCGAAACAGGACUUGCCUAUCGAGCGGUGAACGUUAACAUAAGCGAGAAGAGAUGGUUAUGUGUAUAUUUUAAGGAGAUAAUCUUACUUAUUGUAUUCUUACUUUAACUUUUACGGAACAAGUGGCAAUGUAUCUUGAUCUCUCUUUUAGUCAGAAAUACGUCGCUUUUUAUUUGGAGUGAGAAGUGAAUUUACUAUUACGGUUGACCGGAAGUUAUAGAGAGGAAUUUAUAUUUAAUCGCGAUAUAUAUGUGGAUAUAUGUUUUUUUCUCUUUUUUCUGUUUGAACCACUGGCAGCUUUCAAUACCUUUUUACUUAUUAUUUUUAUUAUUAUUAUUAUUAUUGUUGUUACCGUUUUUCUUUCGUCUCUUCUUUUUUUCUCAUGAAUAUGAUGGAUCGAAUAGUUUUCGACUUGUCGCGUUGAUGUGAAAUUUGCAAGAAAUCGAGCGUGCAUAUCAAGCGAGAAUCGUAACCACGGCCAUGCUAUAUAUACGAAUAAGUUAUUUGUGAUGAUUUUGCUCAGUGCCCGUCGUAAAAGCCAAAAGUUUUCUUCUAUUUUUAUUACAACGAACAAAUCAGCGUCACGUGGUUACACAUUGGAUCGCACGGUAAUCUCUGUUCUAAUCGGAACGCGAUUCAAGAUACGAAGGAAAUUCUGACUGUCUCUUCUACACAAACUUACUGUCGUCUUUACAAAAAAAAAUAUAUAUAUAUAUAUAUAUAUAUAUAAGUACAAAAAUCUUGUUUGCAAACUUGAUAAUCGUCAUAAUUGUCCAUUACGCGUUUUGAAUAGAACAGAGCUUGUCUGUGGCGCGCUAUUAAAACGAUAUCAUUUUUGAGAACCGAACCAGCGCAUUAUCUUCAAGAAGAUACUCACAGGCUAUUCAGUUUAAUCAUGUAGACUCUUAUUUUGUAUGAACACCCGUAGAAAGAUGAACGGAGUAUGAAAUCGAAAAAAAAGAAAAAAGGAGUACCGAUACUAAUAUUAUUAACAUUAACAAGUAAUGAUUUUAAAGUAAGCGAAUUACAUUUGUAAGGAAAGAUUAUGAAAAUAUAUAUUUAUCUAUGUCUUCUGUGAAGAUAGAAAAUAGUACUCUCUCACUCUAUAUUGAUGAUGAUGAUAAUGAUGAUGGUAAUGAUGAUGAUGAUAACGAUGAUGAUAACGACGAUGAUGAUAAUGGUGAUGAUGAUAACGAUGUCGGAAAACGAGAGCCGGCAAAAAAAGAAAAGAUACAAAAUGCUGAAGUAGAUCUAGGAGGGAAAAGGAAAAGAGGAGAAAGAUACGACUCUAUACUCUGUACACAAUAUUACAUGAUACGAUCGAUCGAGAUUGACUCGGAUUUGUUAAAUAUCUUUGUACAUAUUUACACAAAGACCAUGUGAGAAAUUGUUCAAGUUCCAGCAGCUAAAUGUUUUCGUAUCGUAAGAAGUAAUCUUCACCGCGAGUAAAGGGAAAAUCCAGUUUCACUUUGUAAUACGUUCGGACAAAUCUCGGCCCCACGUUCGUCGAAAUUGCGAUAUACGCAAAAAAAAAAAAACAAAAA